AUGGAAGAACAAACGAACCGAACCCCCAAUCGCAUGGAGCAAGGUGAAACCAGGGUAGACGACUUGCAUUUGGACAGAGUUGUGGCCUCACAGCCAGAGAUUGGGCCUACACCACCAGACGGCGGGUAUGGAUGGUUGAUUGUUGUGUCAGCAGUGAUAUACCACAUUACAGUACCAGCUCUGUUAUCAUUGUAUGGACUGAUAAUCUUGAAGGCGAUUCGAGAAGAAGGACAUGAGGAUAAUGAAGUUCUGAAGAUAUGGGACGUGGAUAUAGCGUUGGUGCCAGUGAUAGCAUUGGUGAUAAGACUGUUGCUGGAGUCAUGGUGCCGAGCUGUGGUGAAGAUCUUCCACAUGCCAAGGUUUAUGGCGUUGUCAGGACUCUGUCUGACCGUGGCGGGAGUGUUACUGUCAAGUUACUCGACAGACGCAGCCAGCAACGACCACAUAGUGAACACAUUCUCCGGAAUAUUUGCAGGAAUCGGAUGCGCCUUGACUGGGCAGCAGACUGAAGUGAUCAUCACUCAUUACUUCAGAGAGAAGCUCACCAUGGCGCAGAGGAUAGUGCGCAUGGCGCCCUCUGUCGGCAAUUGCCUUGUACCCAUACUAAUCGGGUAUCUAUGUUCCGUGUACUCCGGAGAUGUAGUUGUCAUGAUCUACGGAGCCAUCAUCAUGCAGAACUGCAUCUUCUUAGCAUCAUACACACGACCCAUUUACAUAGAAAAAGUCCUACGACAUACAUACAACAUGCUCAGAGACGCUGUGGAGGACGAAGAUGAAGUCAUAUUCUCCAACCAAGCACGGAAGAGUGAGGCUGAACGAAAGAACAAUGAACCAAGCAGCUCUCAAGGGGAACCAUCAUCAUCACAUAAUAAUAUGGCAGUAGAAGAAGACGGUACUGAUGUGGUAGUCUUCAACUCAAAGAAGAACGCUAAAGAAAUUCUAGAUCCUUCCAUUCAGUACAGAGAAAACAGACCGGCUUCCAAACAGUCCAGGUUUUCGUCUGACUUCAGCACAAUGUAUGACACAGGAUCGAAUAGAUUUUCUUCAGAUUUUGGCUCUUUGGACAUCAAUACUUAUGCGAGAGUUAAUGGGUACCAGGAAUUAGAGAAUAUUGAUAGACAGGCGCCCCAGCCUUUGUACAGAGAGACGACGGUAAAUGCCCCAACGAACAGCGUGGUCUUUGCAGCUGAAGUGUCACCAGGUACUGCUAGAAGAACAGCCUCUUUGAAGAAGAACUUCUUCACGAUAACUAACAUGUUGAAGGAUAUUAACUUCUAUUUGUAUGCGUUACUGCAUAUUUGUACGACUUUCUCUAUAUUGAUUCUUGGGCUAAUCUUCCCACCUUUGAUAUGGGAGCAGAAUCCUUCAAUGAAUAUUUGGUCGGUUUCAACACUGAUAGCUGCAGCACACGGAUCAGCAUUGUGCUUCAUAAUGCUAUGUGUGGUGCUGCCAAAGUCCAUCAAUGAGAAAGCAAGACUGUGUGCUGCCUUCUGCGUAGCUGGUGCAAUGGGCUUCUAUGGUAUCGCCAUGUCCAGCAACAAGAGCCUGCUAGUGGUAUGGUGUAUGCUGGCCAGUUUCUCUACAGCAGCGUCCAGCAUUCUACAACAGCCGUUAUAUAACAGUACUUUAAACGAAUUCGAUACCACAGCCACCAUGACAGCUUCGAACACCAUCGUCGCCAUAUUUAUCAUGACGUGGUCUUUGCUUUAUAAUUAUGAUUACAAAACGUGUUUCUUGACAGCCAGUAUACUACAAACUGUGACAGCAUGCAUGUUCUUCGCUUUGUCUUUUAGGAGAAGACGGUAA